AUGGAUGAUGAGAAUAUGACAGCAACUCAGUCAUCAUCAGAAGUUGAUGGUGAUGAAUACUUUGAUAGUUACUUCGAUUUGAAUGUACAUGAUGUAAUGCUAAAGGAUACAACCCGUACUCUAGCCUACAAGAAUGCCAUCGAACAGAACCAAAUCGACUUUAAGAAUAAGAUAGUGAUGGAUGUUGGAGCUGGAACAGGUAUAUUGUCAAUGUUCGCUGCCAAGUGUGGCGCAGCUAGAGUGUACGCGAUUGAAGCAUCACCAAUGGCAAUUUAUACAGAGAGAUUGGUUGAAGCAAAUGGAUUGUCAGAUAUUAUAACAGUGAUCAACAAAAGAGUGGAGAAUCUAGAUGAUGAUGAUUUUGUCGAUGACAUCAAGAAGGUUGAUAUUAUAAUAUCCGAAUGGAUGGGAUUCUAUUUAUUACAUGAAUCAAUGUUGGAGAGUGUGUUGGAUGCACGUGAUCGAUGGCUGGCGCCCAACGGUAUCAUCUUCCCCACGACUGGCAACAUCAUGAUCGCUCCAGUCAAUCUGAACAAACUGAUGCAUGAUCGUGUCCACCACUGGGACAACGUCUAUGGCUUUGACUUCUCCUUAUUCAAAGACCUAUCAAUACACACCCUGCACUCCAAGCCUCUGAUUGAAUACUUGGAUGCUGAUUCAGUGCUGGCACCUGGAAGAUCAUUGAUCGAGAUUGAUUUUAGGACAGUCAAGAAGGAGGAGCUCAGAGAUAUUAAUAUUGCCAGCAUGCCCUUUGAUAUAAGUGAUGAUGGAUGCACUGUUAUACAUGGAUUUGCAAUUUGGUUCAAUUGCUACUUUGUCGGCAGUCAGGCUACGGUGCGUCUGGACACUGCACCAGGCAGUCCCUACACACAUUGGAAGCAAACCACAAUACUACUACCACAAGAGAUUGAUAUCAAAGGCUUCAAUCACAUUGACAUCUGUCUGAGGAUGAAGCAAGAUGACAUCAAUCCACGAUUCUACGAACUAUCACUCAGUUUCCCGGAUGAUGACGAUGAUCAAUCAAAUACAAAUAAUGAAUGA